UCAAACAUACCAUCUAGCAUGCCACUCUUAACCACGUCAGGUAGAGUUUAUCAUAAAACAGAUGUUCCGAUAAAUCCACGUUCAGGUAUGUCCUCAGGACAGGUCAUCGGAAUGUUGAAACGUAGCAGUUGACCCCAGGUGUGUGUGUGUGUGUGUGUGUGUGUGUGUGUGUGUGUGUGUGUGUGCGUGUUCAUCAUACCAAUAUCUUCGUUACAUUUUAUUUUUCUUCUACCACAGAUUGGAACAUCCCCCUGCUUUCUACAAUGUCUAUUUUCAGUAAGUCUGAGCCCGUCACAUUGAGUAAGGAGAUGAGUGCCAGUCAGAACAUAUCUGACAGCAACAGGAAGAAGACCAGUCUGCUGAAAGACAACAGCUGGAUCAGACGUAGCAUGGAGGAGGAGGAGGAGGAGGAGGAUGCUAACCACAGCCAGCCGUCAGAGGUGGGCCUGCCCAACCCUUCCACUGCCAGCAGCCCUAGCCUGCCCAACCCUUCCACUGCCAGCAGGCCUAGCCUGACCAACCCUUCCACUGCCAGCAGCCCUAGCCUGCCCAACCCUUCCACUGCCAGCAGGCCCAGCCUGCCCAGCCCUUCCACUGCCAGCAGCCCUAGCCUGACCAGCCCUUCCACUGCCAGCAGGCCUAGCCUGCCCAACCCUUCCACUGCCAGCAGGCCUAGCCUGCCCAGCCCUUCCACUGCCAGCAGCCCUAGCCUGACCAACCCUUCCACUGCCAGCAGCCCUAGCCUGACCAACCCUUCCACUGCCAGCAGCCCUAGCCUGCCCAACCCUUCCACUGCCAGCAGGCCUAGCCUGCCCAGCCCUUCCACUGCCAGCAGCCCUAGCCUGACCAACCCUUCCAUUGCCAGCAGCCCUAGCCUGCCCAACCCUUCCACUGCCAGCAGCCCUAGCCUGCCCAGCCCUUCCACUGCCAGCAGCCCUAGCCUGCCCAGCCCUUCCACUGCCAGCAGCCCUAGCCUGCCCAACCCUUCCACUGCCAGCAGGCCUAGCCUGACC